AUGCAUGGACAGAGACCCCCAUCUUUCCUCUCCAUGAAGAAGAAGCCUGCCGAAGCUGGUGACGUUGAAGGACAGGACGGCCAUCAAGGGAAUGAAUGGAGACCGGGCAGGAUAGACGACGGAGGGGAGGGACAAAGAGUCUGGGCCAUGGAGAGGCAGAUGAAGUACCCCACCGCCCCCAAAUCUAGCAGGACUGUGAGCGCCUCCUUUCCCAUCCCGCGAGCGCGAGCAGGUCUAAUCGGGCAGCUUGGAAUGACCCCCCUCGCCGCAGUAAAGGCACAAACCCUGCUCAAUCCGACAACGGCGUUCAUUGGCGGUCAGGCGAGUGGCUCCGACUUCCAUGGGCUCAGACUCUUGUCCUGGGGAGACUGGAAUGGGCAGACAUCAGCGCUCUUGAAGCCGGCGGUCAUUACACAACUGUGUGGUGCUUUAGUUCUGAUGAAUGUGUGGAACAAGACUUUUCCAGUAAGUGCGGGUGUAACCAGCCCCAGUGUUGACCCAUGCUUUAACUAUAACGUUCUGGAUGAGCCAUGGAGAGCGAUCAACUUCUAUGGCGGCAAAGAUAGAUGUGACACCAAGAUCCCUCUGUGGCUUAAUGGUUCCCACCCAAAGGCUGGAGAGGACAGUCUACAGGUCUGCUGUCCCAGUAACUCAAUGCACAUACGAGUGAAGGCCUGUCCUGGAAAUUACUACAUCUAUGAAUUUGUCAAGCCACCAGACUUCAAGUCUGCAUACUGUUUAGUGAGGACUUAUUUAGGUCAGCUGUUUGAUUACCAGAGCAUUAUAAUAGCUGAUACCCCAAACGAUAAUAAGCUGGCCACACUGGGAAACAUGUUUCUUCUGGCCACUGAAAUUCUGAUAUCUGCUGUGGUGAAGCCAACUCCUACCCAGAGCAACAUCAGUAUCACUCUCAACAGCACAGAGGUGAGAAUCUUCACUGUUGGAUGGAACACCACCCUCAAGAAAACUCUACAGCUGAACACCCCCGACGCUCUCCUGGAUAUCGACCUUAUUGGUAUUUCAAAAAAUAACAAUGGUAAUGCUGCUGUCUCUCUCAUCAUCUACAAGAACAUGGAAGAAAUGCUGAAACCCUCCUUAUUUCGCACAGAGAACGACACAGUCAAAACGAUGACGUCCAGAGUGGUCUCAGCCUUCCUGCCCAAAACCACUAACAAAACGUUAACCAAACCAGUUAACUUCACCCUGAGGCACAUCAAAGAAAUGGAUCCUAAAGGUCUGCUGGACUGUGUGUACUGGAACGUUAGUGAAUGGGUUGUGGACGGCUGUUCCAUCACUGAGACCAACUCCAGUUACACAGUCUGUUCCUGUGUACACCUGUCCACUUUCGCUCUCAUCAUGCAAACUAAAAGACCACCCAAGAGCAACUAUCUCAAGGAUCUUGUGAGCACAGUAGCAGUAACUGUUGGGCUGGUCUUUCUGUUCUUGGCUGUGUUGACCUUUGCUGUCUUGGGGAAGAACUCAAGCGUGACCAACACAGCUCUACUCAACCUCUCUCUCUGUCUGCUGCUGGCCCAUCUCCUCUUCCUCCUCACCCAACAUCUCCUGCCUUAUAUACGCAUCCACAAGAGAGUUUGUGCUGCAAUAGCUGGAACACUCCAUUUCCUUUUUCUCUCUGCGUUUGUGUGGAUGUUCAUUGAGGCCAUACUACUCUUCAUCACAGUCAAGAACCUAUCAAAGAUCAGAUCCAAACAGAAGGAGGUGGUUCACUGGGGAUUCCUGCUUGUGAUUGGCUAUGUGAUCUCUCUGGCCGUGGUCUCAGUGUCUGUGGGGGUGGUGCCUGAUGGAUAUGGCAGUGAGGAGUGUUGGAUUAAGAUGGACAGUGACUUCAUCUGGAGUUUCCUGGGUCCUGUCUGCUUCAUUCUAGCAGUCAAUUUGGUUCUUUUCAUUGUCAUAAUCAUCUGUCUGAGCUGGAGUAUAAAGAAAGUGAACACUGAGGUCGCACAGCUCAGAUCCACCAGGACUAUGGUGUUCAAAUCCCUGGCCCAGUUUGUUAUCCUCGGUUGCCCAUGGAUACUGGGCUUCUUCACACAAUUCAGUGAGGUCAUGGAGAUUGUUUUCCUUUUCUUCAACUCCCAGCAAGGCACCUUCAUCUUCCUGGUCCACUGUGUCCUCAAUGAAGAGGUCAGGAGGCAGUACAAGAGGUGGUGGGGCGCACUGUGGCGUUGCCACAAGUAA